ACUCCAUUCACCAUGCCGUUCAUCGAGGCCAAGGCAUCGUCCUCCAAGCCCCGCAAGGCGGCCAAGGGGAAGAACGCACCCAAGGGCCGCGUCAAGACGAACCAGGCCAAGCGCAACCGUGCCGACGACGAGCUGCGCGAGCUGCAGGCCAAGAUCAACUCGUUCGAACCACCAAAAGAAAUCACGACCUUCUCGCAGCUGCCGCUCUCGAAGCCAACGCUGAGCGGCCUCAAGGCGUCGCAUUUCGUCGAGCCGACGCCUAUCCAGGCUGCUUCUAUGGUGCCAGCGCUGCAGGGCCGCGACAUCCUCGGCGCCGCGCGCACAGGCAGCGGCAAGACGCUCGCCUUCCUCAUCCCCCUCCUCGAGCGACUGUACCUGCAGCGCUGGGGCGCGAUGGACGGUCUGGGCGCCGUGGUUAUCUCACCGACGCGAGAGCUGGCGGUCCAGACGUUCAACGCGCUGCGUGACAUCGGGCGCUUCCACAUGUUCUCCGCCGGCCUCGUUAUUGGUGGCAAGCCGCUCAAGGAGGAGCGCGAGCGUCUCGCCCGCAUGAACAUCCUCAUCUGCACCCCCGGCCGUCUGCUCCAGCACCUUGACAGCACAGUUGGCUUCGAGAGCAUGAGUGUCAAGGUGUUGGUUUUGGACGAGGCGGACCGGCUGUUGGACAUGGGAUUCUUGCCGGCGCUGCGAGCCAUUGUCCAGCACUUCUCCCCGUCAGCUGCGGCGCGCGCCGACCGCCAGACGUUGCUUUACUCGGCAACACAGAGCAAGGACGUGGCCAGCCUUGCUGAGCUUUCCCUCCACGACCCGUUGUAUAUCAACACGAUCACGGACGACGAGGCGAUGCCCGCCAACCUCGAGCAGUUCUACGCCGUUGUGCCUCUCGAGCGCAAGCUGGACGCGCUGUGGGGCUUCAUCAAAAGCCACCUCAAGAUGAAGGGCGUCGUGUUCGUCACGAGUGGCAAGCAAGUACGCUUCAUCUUCGAGACGUUCCGCCGCAUGCACCCCGGUCUGCCCCUCAUGCACCUGCACGGUAAGCAGAAGCAGGCGACGCGCAUGACCAUCUUCCAGAAGUUCAGCUCGAGCAACAACGCGCUCAUGAUCUGCACGGACGUGGCGGCGCGCGGCCUUGACUUCCCCGCUGUCGACUGGGUCGUGCAGCUCGACUGCCCCGACGAUGUCGACAGCUACAUUCACCGUGUGGGCCGGACUGCGCGCUACCAGAGCGAGGGCAAGGGAUUGUGUCUGCUCACGCCGAGCGAGGAGGCCGGUAUGGUCGCGCGCUGGGCGGAGAAGAAGAUCGACGUCAAGCGCAUCAAGAUCAAGGAGAGCAAGAUGCCCAACCUCGCCCAGUCGAUGCAGAACCUCUGCUUCAAGGACCCGGAGAUCAAGUACCUCGGCCAGAGGGCAUUCAUUUCCUACAUGCGCGCUAUCCACAUCCAGAAGGACAAGAGCGUGUUCAAGCUCUCCGAGUACCCUGCCGAGGCGUACUCUGCGAGCAUGGGCUUGCCGGGUGCACCGCAGAUCAAGCUUCUCGAGACGGCUAAGAAGGCCAAGGGGCGUGCUGGAGGCGAGAAGGACGACAGCGGGCCGACGAUCAUCCACCAGCGUCUGGCGAGCGACAGCGAGGCUGAGAGUGGCGACGAAGAGAGUGGGAGCGAGGAGGAGAGCGAUGGCGAGGAUGAGAAGGUCAGCGGGUCCCAGAGCGAGGGCGAGUCCGACAGCGGGGAAGACAGCGUGGACGGCUCCAGUUCGGGGAGCGGAAGUGAAGAGGAUGACUCUGCACCCCGCAAGCCCGCCCCCGUACGGACAAAGUACGACCGUAUGUUCGAGCGCAAGAACCAGGGCGUCCUUACAGAGCACUACACGAAGCUUGUGGCACAUGAGGACGACGACGACGACGUCUUCACGCUCGCGCGCCGGGAUCACGACUUGGACCUGUCCAGCGACGAGGAGCUCACUACCUCGGCCGACCUGUCCAAGCGCAAGCUCAAGAGCGCAGCAACGCGCAAGGGGCAGAUCAAGGCGCGUGGCGUCCCGACCAAGCUCGUCUUCGACGAGGAAGGCGAGGCACGUGACUUCUACGCCCACGGCGAGGAGGCGGAGAGCGCGGCCAAGGCCGAGGAGGCGCGCCGCGCCUUCGUUGAGGCCGAGAACGCUCGUAUGCGCGAGGCAGAUGUUAUCGACCGCCAAGUGGCUCGCGAGAAGCGCCGCGAGAAGAAGCGCAAGCGCAAGGAGGCGGAGCGGAAGAUGCGGGAGGAGUACAUGUCCGACGAGGAGGGCGAGCCAAUCGCGUACAUCGGGGCACCGGACGGCGAGUACGACUCGGAGGGAUCACCAGCACGCUCGCCUUCGCCCGAGCCUGACGCGAAGCGGCCGUCCAAGAAACGCCGCGACGCCGCGCUUGAGGACGAUGAAGAGCUCGCGCUGCGGCUCUUGCGCGGGGAAUAGGGGUAGAUUCUUGUUGCGAUCGGAUGCAUCUGUAUGUCUAGC